AUGUCCCGACCUAUCUCGGAGGCGAGGCUCCACUUCCUUCUUCUGGUACAUCUGCUCGCCAGCGUCACGGCGUUGGAGGUUACCUACCCCAAGAUCGGAACCGUCUAUCCCACAAAAGGUCCCCUUGACGUGCAAUGGCAGUCAACGUCCGACUUUGAUCCCACGGAGCUUGCAAUCUACCUAGCAACGUACAGUGGGCAAACCCUCAAGAGCGAGCAGCGUUGUAUCGUGGCCGUUAUAGAUGAUUAUUCUACUGCCAUCACUCUGAGUCAACCACCGCCACAGGGGGACUCCUGGACAUGGAUGUUCUACGACAACGACCUCGUCAUCUCUUUAGGCAAUAAUUAUGUCGCCCAGUCUGUGCAUUUCCAGUUCCAGAGUGCCACACCGACCCCAACAACUUCUUCGACCCCUUCUGCAAAGGACUCGUCAAGUGGCUUGUCGCCGGGUAUCGCUGCGGCGAUCGGCGUAGGAGGAACGCUCGUCGUCGUGGCCUUGGGUCUUUUCAUUGGCUACUGCUGCUUCUAUCGGCGACGACAGCAGAAGAAGCGGGAGACCAUCAGUGCCGUACCUUACACGCCAGGUCACCGAUACUCCAAACAGGAGCUAGACAGUAAGCCCGGCACAGCUCAUGGCCAACCAUUCUCCAGCAGCGCGAACGCGCACUCCUAUGCUGAAAUGAAGGCUCCGGCGCAGCACGAAAUGGAGGUCUACCCCGUCAGUCCCUCCGUGCCUUUGCCGCCGAACGAGUUGGUCUCACCUGGCGCCGAACUCUCGGUCAAGGCACGUCACUCGCACCUCCCACAUCAGCAUACUGACCACCCAACGUCGCCAUGGAGCGAGCUGGCCCUGUCUCCCUUCUCCUUCUCGCUGUCACGCCCGAACAUCUUCGAACAGCCGCUCCAGACAGCGGGCGACGGGCUGCCAAUAUUCACCGAGAAACCCCAUGAAGCUUUCCGCAAUAUCAACAUCUGGACCAUCCACGCCUCCAAUUGCGAUGGUGGUGGUGAGCUCAGACUGGCCGAGCAUUUUGUCGAGGAUCCAACUCCCCACGGAGGUCUUCCUAGACGUUGGAGUGUGGGCGAAGAUGACGUGAGGUACGGGGAUUAG